AGUGCCAGACCAAGCUCGGUGCUGGCCCGCCCUCAUUUCACUGUUUGUUGUCAUUGUUUGUCCUUCAUACCCGAAGAGAACCAUGAUUUCGAGGAGGGUAUGCCAUGACAUGCAAGUGAAUUGGAUUUUAAUGAAGGAGGGCGCAAGGUCAUCUGCCUCACUUUCCCUUCCAGAACCAUCUGGGGCCAGAGGCCAGACAUAGAUCAGGACGGCUGAGGAUGGCCCUGGAUGCAGUGUGAGACUCUGACCUUUGUAAGCUAAGUCUCAGUUUGACUGAAGCCAUACUCUUCAGUGAAUAAAACUAGGUAGCAAUUGGGGCAAAGAAUGCCCUCUUUCACCUAGCCAAAAUCAACCAAUUUGGGAAGGAAAGAUCUGGUCAAAACAGAAAUGACUGGUAUUUCCAUUCACUCUGAGUUAAUUAGGAUCCAAGCGAUGACCAAUUGGGACUUGGUCUGGGACUGACUGUUUACCAAUCAAUGAAAGGCAGAAUGAUUUGGGUUUAUGACAUGGUUCUUGGCAAAGAAAUUAUCCAGUAAACUCCAAGAUAUCUUGGAAGAUUUCAGCAUGCUUAUUACCCGGAUACAUUUUUGCCAGUCCUUAAGGCAACUAACUGGAAAAGAAUUCUUCCUAUUUCACAUAUCCCGCAGGAGGGCUCCUGGCCUCUGCUUAAGAGUUCUUAGGAAGCUCACUAUUUUCCCAGGCAGCCACAGCCCAGAAUGCUUUUGAAUACCUCUGCAUGUUAGGAAGUCUCCCCUGACCUCAAGCCUAAAUCAGCGUCUUUGCAACUUCCACACAAGCUGCUUCCCCGCCAAACAGACCUAGUCUAAUCUCUCUUUCACGUGGCAGCCCUUCGGAUAUUUGAUUUCCUCUCUGAGUCUUCUCCACGGCAAACAAGUCUCCAGUUCCUCUGAUCCGUCCUCAUAGAUGAUGGACCCGAACCUGUCUCCUAGACAUCUGUGCUCCUGGGAUUUUGCUUAACAAGGAUCCUGGGACUUGAGCCACAUUUAACAGAGGAACAGUGGCACAGGGAGGGGAAGGGACUCGUCGGUAGCGAAAAGCAAAAGCCGGACUAAACUCAAGCGUCCCAAACGGAAACCACUUAUCUUGAGCUCAUGGGGAGAGGGGGGAACCGGAAGAGACAGUCUGAGAGCGCCCUCUGCUGUCUGAGCACAGUUGCGCGUGUCUGCACAGAGCGCGUGCUCACUUCAAGCCCAAACUCACUGCAAGAUUGGGAAUGACAUAUCACGUGACAGGAAAAGGGGCGGGCCGAGGGCCUUAGUUGUCGGCAACCGCUCUUUCCAUUUCCUGGCAACGGACGCGCUGGCGGCAGCAGAGUCGUACCGGAACCAUGAACGAGAUCUACCCAUUGGCAGUGCCCAAGGGGCGGAAACUGAAGUGCGAGGUGUGCGAAGCGCCGGCCGAACGAAUGUGUGGGUCCUGCACGGUCACCUAUUAUUGUGGUGUGGCGCAUCAGAGAGCUGACUGGACCAGCAUUCAUGAAAAAAUAUGCCAGCUCCUGAUCCCUUUGCGUACAACUAUGCCCUUUUACAAUUCAGAAGAAGAACGGAAGCAUGGUCGGGAGCAGCUAUUACAGCGGCAGAAGCAUUUAAUUGAGCUAUGUUACAAAGUAUCGCAGAAAUACCUCUUUGAAGGAAAACAUGAAGAAUCAAUUCCUGCUGCUUUACAUUCACUGCGUUUCCGCAUUAAUGUAUAUGGCCCAAAUUCAGUUCAAGUGGUACCUGCUUACCUACUGUUAUCAGAGGCCAGUAUUGGUCUUGGCCAAAUUGUCCAGGCAGACGAAUACCUCUCCCAAGCCCAGUGGGUUGUUCUCAAGUCAACUGAGUGCAGUGACGAAAUCCAAUCUCUUCUGCAUCGGAACCUGGGGCUCCUCCAUACAGCUAAGGGAAACUAUGAAGAAGCACGCUAUCAUUUGGCCAAUGAUAUCUAUCACGCCAGCUGUGAGUAUGGGACCGACAGCAUCAGGACCUCCGGAGCAUACUUCCUCAUGGCUAAUGUUUUCCUUCACCAAAAGAAGAUGGACGUGGCGGACUCGCUGUACACCAAAGUAACUGAUAUCUGGCAUACAUAUUUAGAUCAACCUAUUCAAAGUCAGCUACAUGCUAUCAAGAAACCAACAGAUAUCUUGGCCAAGGAAUUGGAAAAUGACACUGGUUUAGAUGAAUCUCAAGAAGCAGAAGCAAUGCACAUCCUGGAAACCAUCUUGGAAAUUCGAGAACACACAGUAGAAGAAAAGUCACAGACCACUAUCAAAAUUCUGAAAACGGUGGCCAUGCUCCAUUAUCUAAUGAUGAAUUUAUCAAAGGCUCAUGAACUUGCUUUGAAAGCCUACCUUUUAUCCAGAGAGCUGCCCAAAGAAGAAGUAGUAUCCGAAGCCCUUCGAGAGCUUCUAAGCCUUAUUGCUUCCAAAAACCCAGUGACCUCGAAGACAGCCAAGUUUCACGGCCAGACCCAUUAGAGGAACAGUGGUGGAUGCUGCAGACGGGCUAAUAACAUGUUAUAGCUGCUAUUUCAGCCCAGGAGAUUCAACCUUGAAAUCUUGCCCUCUACAAUAUGUCUUGACAAUGCCCAUUAUGAGGGAAAGUUGGACUUUGUGCAGAGGGUGUAGAAAUCCUUCCACAUCUUAAUUUGUGUGACAGGAUAUCAGGACAUUGAUGCAUUGUUAUGUUUUUGUUUUCAUGCUUUUUCUUAUACAAAUGCCAUUAUCACAGGAAAUAGGGACUUUAGACUAGGUACACUCCUAGCUAUACCUGAUUUUGUGCAUUACUGUGAAUGUGGUUUCAAUUUAAUGCAAUCAAUAAAUUAGGGAAAUGGUUUGCCUUUGACAUUUACAA